AUGCGUUUACUUCAAUCGCGACCGGACCGUAUUGAUAUUUCAUACUUAAAUUUUAUCAAUAAAUACUAUUCUCGCCAUCAUGAAUUCUGUUCGAUUAAAGUCGAUUUUGGUAAUUCCCCGAUGCCUGAUUCAAGUACACCAGAUUCAAUCUGGUUUCAAAUGGCAAUCAAUGCCAUGAAUCAGUUGCGAGUCUAUUGGUUGUCUCGCUACCUCAAUCAGUUACGUCGAUCAGAAAAACCUCCGACAACAAUGGAAUCAAAGUCAAAACCAGCUGAAAAAAUGAUUAAACAACCAUCAGAAAAUAAUAUUGUAACACCCAUUAAUCGUACGUCUGAAGCUGAUGUCAUAACAGAAGAAUCUCGGUUAGUCAAAGUCUCUCUGGAAAAUAUCUCUUAUGUUGAUUGCAAACCCGGGCAAUAUAUAUGCGUUCAACCAUCGAAGCAACAUAAUUUUCAAGACGACUUCGACGAAUCAAAUGAUGAUAACAAUAAACAACUGAUAGAUACUGAUUCUAAACUAAAAUGCGAACUUCCAUCAUAUUCAACAUCAGAUCGUUCCAUUGAAGAUUAUGCAACUGAUGCUAAUAUCGAAUUAUUUUAUCGUAUACUUGUUUCAGAUUCAUUAGCUGGCUCGCCAUUUCUGGAAUAUAUUUCUCAAGCAGCAUCCAAAACGGAUACAACAUCGCUUCACACUUGUAUUCAUUGUAUUGUUGAUGCUGAAAUUCUAUUAUCGAUUCCGUCGGGAAAACUGAAGGAAAAAAUUCUUAAACAGUUUAUUUUUCGAUAUUUCGAAGUGACAGCUAUUGAAGCAUUCCCUAAUCGAAUAUUCGAUAAUAUUGAACAAGAAAGAAAUGAUUUAAUUCAAGAAUUAAUACGAAAUAACGAUACUAAUGAAUAUUUUCUUUUUUGGAAACUUGUAUUAAAAAUUACCAAGUUUUUAAUUCCUCAUUAUCUUAAUUACAUUAAAUUCGAUCGACUGCGUUUUCUUAUUCAAGGAAAAUUUUCAAGGAAUAAUUCUAUCGUCGAUGAUCUACAUCAUCUUUUACCUUCAAUCAAUUUCGAUGUACUUUUCUCAGACCAACAAAAUGUAGAACAGAACAAUCUAAAUAGAAAACAUACAAAAGAAACGGAUAUUCUCUCAAGAACACCUCCAACGAAUUGCCAUGAACAACAUCAACAUGACCUUUUGAAAUCAUACAUUAAAAAAUAUUAUCAUACAACUGAAAAACAAAUUAAUACGGAUGAACGGUGUGAAUUUCGGCCCGGCGAACGUUUUCCUCCAUUAGCUGAUCAUGAAUUUGAGCAAGAGCUGCGUCGAUUUUGUACAAAACUUGAACAGAAAACUAUCGAAACUAUUCUUGGGAAAUCAUUUGACGCUCGAAUAACUCCUCAGCAAACAAACAUAACAACAUUCAUUGGUGAUCCAGUAUCAAAUAGUAAAAUAAAACGAACAUUAACAUCAAAUGAAACUUUCAAAUUGAAUUUAAUUGAAAUAUUUACACAAGAAAUAAUAAAUUCCGGUCUCGAAAUAUUUGAAAUCGAUCGUUUUAUUUCAAAUAUAAUGGACGAAACUCUUCAACAUAUUCAAUCGAAUUCCAUUAAAAGCGAUUCAAGUUCAUCAUCGUCAUCCUCAUCGGUAUAUGAAGAAACAUUUGUAACUGAUUCUUCUUCAAGAACAACACUUUCACAAGUAAUCACUAAAGAUAUCAACACGAACGCAUUUGUAUCUUCGAAUUCCGAAAGCGAACUUGUUAAAUUAGAAAAACCAAUCGAAAGAAAAAUUCUCUCCACGCAUGGUUCAUACUUUAUUAAUUCGCCGAAUAUAAUAAAACAUACGGAUAGUUUCAUUUCUCAAUCAAAUUUACUUCCUAUAACAUCUAUAGAUCCUAUUAUUUAUACUGAUUUAAAAUCUAUUAAUGAAUUUUCCUUUCAUCAAGAGUGUGAUUCUUUUUCACCUUCAUAUCGAGGUGUAAUUAAAGAGCUUACUAUUGAUAACAUUGGGAUUGGUCAUUUACAUAUUGAUCUAACUAAAACAAAUAUUAUAUCUAAUAAAGACAACAUUCUCAAGCUAAAUAAUAAUAAAAUAAAAUUAUAUAAAAAUAAUCAUGUUGAAUUUCUUUUAGCUAAUAUUAAAUCAUACAAUAUUUAUAUGACUGAACAAGAAUUAUAUUUAUGCCUUGAUAAUUUUAAAUUACGACAUGACUCAUCGAAAAUAAAUAUGCAAAAAUUCGAUGAAAAAAAGAAUUAUUUUUAUGAAUCGAUUAGGUUUGCACAAAAAGAUGAGAGUAGUGAAAUAAAUAAUUCCGUUCCGGACAGCAAUUUAUUUUAUUUACAAAGUAAUAAUGAAAAACACUUGCUAGAAUUUAUUCACAAUGAAAUACAUAACCAUCAAUGGCCAUUACACGAAUAUAUUGGUGAUCAAGGACAACAAGCAUGGCGAGCAUUGAAGCUCGCAGCAGAUAUCUCAAAUUUCGAUGAUGGAUUCAUGUUGAAUUAUCAUAAUGAUUUAGAUUGGAUUUCAACUGAUAAUAGUUAUGGUUCAUUUAAUCAACGAACUUCUUUAAUCGUUCGAAAUUUUGAACGUCGUAUUGCGAAACAAAAACUAUCGAAUCAUAAAAAUAACUAUUUUCAAUAA